AUGGGUUCUAAGGAAAGCGAAACACUGUGCGAAUAUAAAGCCAACUUUGCUAAUUACUGUAAAAAUCGCAUAGAAGAGAAACUGGAAGGGGUACUGCCGCAGUUCUGCGCCGACUACGCUCAGCAGUGUAGCGUAGACAAAAGCGCAUUUCCAAGACCUGGUCCCCUUCCGAAUGCUGAAAAAGAGACCAGCGAACCACAGACUGAAGCAGCUGCAGAACCGCCAACCCAAGUAGUUGGUGAACUGCCUAAAAAUGCUGCUACUGAAGCAGCUGAAUCUGCUAAAACUGCAGAUUUCAAAGGUCUUGUAGCAGUUACAAACUAA